GACGCCGGAGGACGGGCCCAGGAGGCCAGGAAAAGUGACCUCCGGUUCUUUGGGUCAGACCGCUGGCUGUGGUGUGGACCAAGGACGCUGUCGCCUUGGCUUUGCCGUGGAGCCUAUGGAGCUGAGACCUGAUGCUAGCCACAAAGAGAAUGUGCCCCCCAGGCCUGCGGUGCCCCUGAGGCCAGAGCAGCGGAGAUUCCUGAAGAGCCCAAGUGUCGGCCUGGGCAGCGGCCAUGGCCGGUGGGUGCGCGCGAGCCAGGCCCAGAGGGGAGGGCCUGUCAUCACCCCCUCCCCAGGCGCCGUGCUGUGCCAGGAGCCUUGCCGAGUCCAGACCAACCUGGCUGGACAACCGAGCCCCGACCUGAGCCCCGUCCUGAAGGGCACAGCUGGCCAGCUGAUGAACGCAAGCUUGCAACAGCAGAGUAACCUGCAGCCCCCCGCCGGCACGCCCCAGGGGAGGGCCAGAGAGUUCGCCAUCCAGCAGAGUAACCUGAGCAUGAGGGGGACCAGCUCGGCUCAGGGCAGAAGUCCCAUCAGCCACCGCCUCUGGCCCCACCUGACACCUCAGGGAAGGCCUCGCCCUCAAGGAUCACUGGCUUGCCCAUGGUCCAGCCUGAGACAGUCCCAGCUGCUGGCCACAGACAUCCCCGGCCCAGAUGUCCAGCCUGAUGCAGGCUUUGGUCCUUUCAGUGGGCACACACGGCCAGGCUCCAGACCCUGGUGUGGCCUGGGGAGCUGGCCCUCUGGGCUCAGAGGGAAACCCCUCACCCUGGAAGACCUGACCGUCCCUGUCCAGAGCCAGGCUCGGACCCCAUCCCAAACGGCCAUCCGCCAGCUGCUGGCCUCCGUGCGAUACCUGGAGCGUGCAGUCAACCGUCUCAGGUGCCAGGUGUGCCAGGAACCCAGCAAUGGCCAGGGCGACCUUCAGGCCAAGCCCCUGAGGCAAGGAGAGAACUUCUCCCUGGGUCCGACAUACAGCAGCGGGCAGAGGGGAGUGCCCCGGCUCCCUCGAGGUACGGGCAGCAAGGAGGCCGGACUCUGCUCUUCGGCUGGCUCUGGGGCUGCCUGGGGUGUUUCACCCAGGCGGGAAAGAGGAGAGUUGACUCCACAGGAGCAGGUCCGCAAGGAGGAAGAGAGCGUGGCUUCCUGCCCACAGGACACAGCCCCAGCAAGGAUCAUCGUGCAGAAAAAAGCCCGAAACAUGCUGAGCCUGGAAUCCGAGACAGCCCGCCGGCAGUGGCUCUCCAGAUGUUUCAGAACGUGGUGGCACCUGGUGCAGAAACGCCGGGCAGAGGCUGCAGCGGUGGCCCUGGGCCACCAGCAGCUGCUGCGCAGAGGCCUGUGGACGCUUCGCCAGGCUCCGCGGCUCCUGGAGGCCCAGCUGGAGGUGGCGUGGCGGCGACACACACAGGCCCUGCUGGCCCAGAGCUUCCAGAAGUGGAGAAACCGGACUCUACAGCAGAAGCAGGGGCAGCCCCACAUCCAGACUGGGCCAGGACCCCCACCCUCUGGGGCAGGACAAGGCCAGGGCCCCCCAGGAAGGGAGCUAGUGGCAGACCCCAUCAGGAGAAGCAGUCCAGGGAGUCUGAGGGAGGAGGCAGGAGCCUGGCCGAGACCAGCUGGAGGCGAUGGGGUAGAGCAGAUGUUGCAGGUCUUACAACAACUGGCUGUCUUCUUCUUGUGGUUCCAUCUGAAGGAAUGGGCCUGGCAGGAGAGGGGGGUCCAGAGAGAGGCCUCCCAGGUCUCACUGAGGACUCAGAGGAGGGGUAGGCCGCCCCUAGCCCCGUGCUCUCCUGUGACACCCAGGGGAGCCUCUCUGGACCCUGAGCAGUGGAGAGCCUGGCUCUGCAGGUGCUUUGGGGCCUGGCAGAAGUUCAUGCUAAGAGCCGCCCUGUACCGGGACCGCCUGGCCCGCCGCCGGGCAGGGACCCUGAGGUUAUGUCUGCAACAGUGGAUGUGGAUGAAACAGCUCCGGGCCUCAGAUGGAGCAAAGGUGACCCAGCUGUCCCUCUGCCGCCAGAAGGCCAGGAACACGGCCCUCUGCAGCUCUGCGCCCGGAGGGGCCACAGCCCAGGGCCUGGGGGUUAUGGCUCAGGCCCAGGGGCUGCCCCCGGAGCAACGGGGGGGCUCCCUGCAGGAAGCCUGCAAGAGAUUGGCCCUGCACCGGGUGCUGCUGCUCUGGAGGACACGGCUGUCCCAGCACCAGAGGGCUGACUCCUUCCUCCAGGGCAUGAGGCGGCAGGUGAUUCGGCAUAUCCUGAGGGGGUGGCAUUUGAAGGUGUGGGGUCCAAGCACCCCGUCAGACAGUGCCAGGACCACCUUGGCCCCGGAGCUCCUGGGCAGCAUCCCGGGAGGGGAGCCACUGCUGGACGGCAGCCCACCCCGAAGCUCACUAGAGAAGGCUUCCAGGACCCCCGCCCCCUUGGAGACCCUCCCACUGAGGCUUCUGUGGGCAUCUGGGCAACAGCAGAGGGCACAGUGCCUUCUGCCCUGGCAGAUGCGGGCUCAGCACUCCCGGGGUGCAGCGAGGUGGCACCGGUGUACUCUUCAGAGGCGCGCUCUCCUCAGCUGGAGCCACUGGGCCACAGCCCAAGGGGCCCAGAGAGAGCUGGCGGUUGCCUGGGCCUGGGACCGGAGCUGCAGGGCCACGCUGGGCUUGUGGCGGCGACGGCUGGCGCAGAGGCGAGAGGUGGAGCAGUGGGUUCGGGCACGGGACCGCACACGGGUCCGAGGUGCCCUGCACCAUUGGCACUCCUGCUGGCAGAGGCAGCAGUCCCUGCGUGCCAGGUGCCAGACGUGGGUGCAGGUCCAUCUCCAGGCCUUGAGGGGGUCCGUGUUCCAGGACUGGAGGCAGGCGGCAGCUCAUUGGAGACACCCAGGGCCCUCCCCAGAGCCGCGUCUACUUCACAGGAUCCUAGAGGCCUGGACCCAGUCAGCAGCCAGGGCCCGUGACCAGCGAGCCGCCAUCACCCAGUUCCAGCAGGCUGGGUCCAGACGCCUCCUGUGGACCCACUGGGCCCAGUGGCAGGCAGCGGGGCUCAGUAUGCGGUUGGAACCACAGAGGAAGGCCCCGGAGGCCCAUGCUGUUGACCUUGGGCAGUGGCCCAGGGUGGCCAGCAGAGGGCGCCUUCUAGCGCUGAGCCCCACUCCAGCCCUGUGGAAGCAGGUGAGCCGGCCUAGGUGGGGUGGGCCAGUGGCCUCAGAAUCGGCUUGCUUCAGCCCAUGGUGGCAAGCGUGGCUGGACGCUUAUCCAGGGGACCCAUUGGUAGGGACACUACCCCUACCACAUUCUAGAACCGCCUCCUGGCUCUGGAAGCCUGCCAUCUUUGGGUCCAUCGGCAAACAUUUACUGAGCACCUAUUAA